AUGCCGUUUAAUAUAAUUACUGGGUGUAAACUUGUCAAUCAUGUUGCUGUAGUGGAUGAUAGCACAGUAGACAUCUACAAUCUCUUUCAACGACAUAUCGAUCGAGUGGUAUGGCAUAAACGCGGAUGGAGCCAGUUGAACGAGACGGAAAAGGACUCGGAAGCAGCAGCAAUGUUGAUACCAAAUAUGCCGUCAUCUGAAUCUGUAGUUAAUCUUCAACAGUCUGUAUCUAGAGGAUCGAGAGCUGCGCUUGAAUUAGAUCAUCUGUUUGGACUGUGGCCUGGAGUUGAAUCUGACAAAAAUAUCCGCCCAUCGUCAUCUGAGAGUAGUGAGAGUGGAUCGACUGGAAGUAUACGCGGCAGUCAAAGUAAUCAACGAUGGAUAUCAGCAUCUUCAAGACCAAACUGGCGAGAUUCACUGACUGAACACGGUGCUAGCAAAGUGUAUACAAUCAAACACGCAAGUCAGCAUGAGCUAGAAAUCAAACCCAAGUAUAUUCAACGUAGUGAUGAUGUAGCAAACAUGCAAUCGCUCAUGUCAGAGUUGCAAUUGCUUCGAGGAUAA